AUGCUGAAGCAGAGACAGAAAGAUAUCUUAAAAUCAAGUAAAAAACUCGCUGCAUGGAAUCAUUUGUUACAUUCUGAGGACACCAUGCAAGAAGUGAAAUGGCGGCUGGAAGAUGAAAAACAGUUUGAUAAAGAAAAUAUGUCAACUGAGAAAGAUUUCCAGACUGCGUAUGAGAAAGAGAUGAAACUGAUGAAAAAAGAAGAAAGUCUUGCUGCUGUUUUAUACAAGCAGUGGAUUCUCUCAUGGAAAGAUAUCAGCAAUUCUCUUUUUCAAAAAUUCUGA